ACGGCUCGUUCAGCUUCAGCUUGGUGAGGAUACACGUUGGGUUUUGUGUGUGGGCCGAAAUACACACAAAAUACUAAAGGGAUUUCAGAAGUUCACGCACGAAGAGUUCCCACAGACGGACGCGGAGGGGUUUCUGCGCUGAACUCGGAGGUUUCGUCGGAACCGAAUGAGAAGCUGAGGUGAACAAUGACUCAGUUUCUCCCCCCGAACCUGUUGGCAUUGUUUGCCCCGCGGGACCCGAUUCCGUUCCUGCCUCAGCUGGAGAAGCUUCCCCACGAGAAGCAUCACAACCAGCCCUACUGCGGGAUUGCUCCUUUCAUCCGGCAUUUCGAGGACCCCAGAGAUGCUCCACCACCCACAAGAGCAGAGACGCGGGAGGAGAGGAUGGAGAGAAAGAGAAGGGAGAAGAUGGAAAGGAGGCAAGUUGUGGUGGAAACAGAACUGAAGCUAUGGGACCCACACAAUGAUCCUAAUGCUCAAGGAGACGCGUUUAAGACCUUGUUUGUGGCUCGAAUCAAUUAUGACACCACAGAAUCCAAACUACGCCGCGAGUUUGAAGUUUAUGGUCCUAUCAAACGGAUCUAUAUUGUGUACAACAAGAAAACUGGAAAACCAAGAGGCUAUGCGUUCAUUGAGUACGAACACGAGAGAGACAUGCACUCUGCCUAUAAGCACGCAGAUGGCAAAAAGAUUGAUGGACGUAGAGUGCUUGUUGAUGUUGAAAGAGGACGAACGGUCAAAGGAUGGCACCCCCGGAGACUUGGUGGAGGUCUUGGUGGUACAAGGCGAGGAGGGGCAGAUGUCAACAUAAAGCACUCUGGCAGAGACGACACUUCCCGCUAUGAUGACCGACCAAUUGGAAGUGACCGCGAUCGGGAUCGUGAACGCAGGGAUCGCAGUCGGGAACGAGACAGAGACAGGGACCGUGGUGUUGAGCGCCGCCGUUCACGAUCUCGAGAGAGACGGAGGCGCACCAGAUCUCGUGAGCGUGAGAGGGUCCUUGCGACUCCAGGGGAGGAGGCAGGAGGUGGCAGCCGGCGCCGAGAAAGGGAAAGAGACCGAGGUGUUGCCGGAGACAGCCGAGAGAAGAGUAAAGACCGAGACAGAGAAAGAGACCGCAAGAGGAGAAGCAGGAGCAGGGAUAGAAAGAGAGACAGAGAGAGAGGGAAGGGUGCAGAUGGAGGAGAGGAAGGCAUGGGCGGGCUAGGUGAUGGCAUGAUGCCCGAAGGGGGAGAUAGGGGUAUAGAGGACCCCUUGGGUGGUGAGCCAGGACGAGGGGAGGACGGAGGGCCUGAAGGAGAGGAGAGAGGACGAGAUCGAGACAAAGACAGGGAGAGAGACCGUGACAGGAAGCGCAGCCACAGAGAUAAAGAUAGAGACAGAGAUCGGGAAAGAAGGCGAGACAGGGAUAGAGAUCGUGAACACAAGCGGGACCGGGGCGAUCGGGACCGUGGGGACCGUAGGGAAGACAGACACGUGUCCUCCUCAGCAGAUCAGGAGGGUUUGGGUAACGGAGGUGAAGAGGGAGAAGAGCAGUUGCCGCCACAAUCAGAAGAAGGUUCACAGGAUGGGAUGAGGAUGAUGGAUCAGGAUUCCAUGCAGUCAGGAGAGGGCUAUGCCUCCAAUGAGAACGGAUACAGGAUGGAGGCCCAGGGCGAUGAGUACUAAACGUGCCACCAUUGUGUGAAUGAUCCAAGGUCGUCCAGUUAUAAUGUUGCUUGGAUUCACAAACAUCCUCAACCAUUAUUUAAUGCCUCCACCCUUUGCUUGCACUAUGUCCACAGUGUGUAAGUAUUAUACUGUACUACCAACAGAUAUCACGGAGAGAGCUUAGUGCCUCCCUGGUAAGAAGCAUCCUUUUGUUAAAAUAAAAAGAUUAUGUAGUUAAACUGUGAGCUUUUUUUUUUUUUUUUUUUUUUUUUUUGAGCCCAGCUAUUUUAUUUGUGGGGCUUUUGUUUGCUUAAACUUCACUAAAUAACCAGCCUUAUUAUACAUUUGAAUUCCCUGACAUCAACUCAUCAUCAAGGGACUGCAUUGCUAGGAAGAGAUCUCCUGACGGAGGCACUGUUUUAUUACAGUGUAGUUUAUUCAGUAAAAGAUGGGUAACUGUCAGAUGAUAGGGGUUUAGUACCAUAUGUCCAUUUUCAUAGAUGUUUGUUGGUUACAGGAGUAUUUGCUUGAUGGUUUGAAACGUUAUUUGUACAACGUUCCUUUUAUAUCUGUCCCCAUUUCUCUGUAACUUAAUUUUUUCCUCUAUCUUUUGUCUUGUACAUUUUGUUUUAUAUUUGGUUCAAUAUAUGGAUCGUUUGCAAAUUGUACAUUGACCCCUAAUUUUACUGAAGUAACAAAGGCAGCAAACAUUGACACAAAUGUGUUUUUUAAAUAGGAAUGUCUGCAGUGGGUUCAGAAAAAUCGCUCUUAAUUUUUUCUUUUUUUUUGAGUUUGUGUCUCUGAUCGUAUUGGUUCUGCUUUUCAUUCUUGAAUAAACGCUUUUUAUUGCCAAA